AUGACAAAAGCACUGAUCAUCGUAGACAUACAAAACGACUUUCUGCCACCCAAGGGCUCGCUGGCGGUGGCUGACGGGGACCAAAUCGUGGGCCCCGUUGCGCAGCUGAUGCGGGACCCACGCUGGAGCUGCGUGGUGAUGACCAAAGACUGGCAUCCUCGCGACCACAUCUCGUUCGCAUGCAACCACGGGCUCGCGGACUUCAGCCGGUUCCAAUACCAGUCGCCUGUCAAGCCCGGCGAAACCCAGGACGCCACGUUGUGGCCCGUGCACUGCGUGCAGAAUACGUGGGGAAGCGAGGUGGCUCCGGAGCUGGAGAGCAGCUUCGCUCAGCUGGAAGUGGACCACUACGUGGUCAACAAGGGCUACUUGGCGGACCGCGAGUACUACUCGGGCUUCAACGACAUUUGGAACGACCACCGCACGGAGCUCGCGGACAUUCUGGCUCGCCACGGGGCCACCGACGUGUUCGUGGUCGGACUCGCACUGGACUACUGCGUCAAGAACACUGCCAUCUCAGCUGCGGCCCUGGGCUACCGCACCACGAUCCUCAAGGACUACACACGCGCGAUAGCCACGGACGAGCACGCAAUGGCGCAACUGCGGCUGGAGUUGGUGCAGAACGACGUGCAACUCAAGUAG